CGACGUGGCGGGGCGGGACCCGCCGGGCGCUCCCGCGCGCACUCGGCCGCCGGAGCGAUAUUAAAAUGUCUGAUGAUGCUGGUAACAUCCUAGCCCCUGGGGACAAAGCAGAAAUUACUGAGAUGCCCAACAAUGAUUCUUUACCGGAAGAUGCAGAAGUACACUGUGAUUCAGCUACAAUUUCAAAAGAGCCAACGCCGGCUGACCCCAGAGGAAAUGCGUGUGAAAAUGCGCCUGUCCAGGGUGCAAAGACUGCUGCCACUGGGCACCUUGAGCAACCCAAAGACUCCAGUGCCAUGGAGCCCGCCCCUAAUGGAGAAGUGACUGAGGAUACACUUGCCGAAUGCAAUGAUUCUGUCAGCCUCGAGACAGAACCUGGAUCUGAAAUACCCCUGAAAGAACAAAAUGAUCUGGCUGUGGAUUCCCCUCCACGUGGAGGAGGAUGGGCAGGAUGGGGCUCCUGGGGAAAAUCUCUGCUCUCAUCAGCAUCUGUCACAGUAGGCCACGGAUUGACAGCAGUUAAGGAAAAAGCAGGGGCCACCCUACGGAUUCAUAGUGUAAAUUCUGGAUCUUCCGAAGGGGCCCAACUUGAUACUGAGAACAGAGUCCCUGAAAUAACAGAUGCGGCCACAGAUCAGGGCCCUGCAGGAAGCCCACCCACUUCUCCCACGUCGGGUUCUCGGGGCAUGCUGUCAGCCAUCUCCAGUGCGGUUCAGAACACAGGUAAAAGCGUUUUAACCGGAGGUCUUGAUGCUUUGGAAUUCAUUGGCAAGAAAACCAUGAAUGUCCUUGCAGAAAGUGACCCAGGCUUUAAGCGGACCAAGACUCUCAUGGAGAGAACCGUUUCCUUGUCUCAGAUGUUAAGGGAAGCCAAGGAGAAAGAGAAGCAGAGACUGGCCCAGCAGCUCACGGUGGAGAGAACCGCACACUACGGGCUGCUAUUCGACGAAUAUCAAGGCUUGUCACACCUGGAAGCCCUGGAAAUUCUGUCUAAUGAAAGUGAAAGCAAGGUGCAGUCAUUUUUAGCAUCACUUGAUGGGGAGAAGCUGGAACUCUUAAAAAAUGACCUAGUUUCCAUUAAAGACAUCUUUGCAGCCAAAGAAUUCGAGACUGAAGAGAAUCAAGAAGAACAAGGCUUAGAGGAAAAGGGAGAAGAAUUUGCUAGCAUGCUUACAGAGCUUCUCUUUGAAUUACAUGUCGCGGCCACGCCUGACAAACUCAAUAAGGCCAUGAAAAAAGCUCAUGACUGGGUGGAAGAGGAUCAAAAUAUGGUGUCAGUAGAUGUGGCAAAAGAAUCAGAGGAGGAAAUUGAGAAGGAAGAAAAAGAAAAUAAACCUGAAGACCCUCAAGAAGAAAACAAGGAAGAAAGGAGAACUAAGACCAUAGAGGAGGUAUACCUGUUGUCCAUUGAAAGUCUGGCAGAAGUAACAGCACGCUGUAUCGAGCAGCUUCAUAAAGUAGCAGAAUUAAUUCUUCAUGGACAAGAAGAGGAAAAACCAGCUCAGGAUCAAGCAAAAGUUCUGAUAAAAUUAACUACUGCAAUGUGCAACGAAGUGGCUUCCUUAUCAAAGAAGUUUACGAAUUCUCUAACCACUGUUGGGAGCAACAAGAAGGCCGAGGUCCUUACCCCCAUGAUCAACAGCGUAUUAUUAGAGGGCUGCAAUAGCACGACGUAUGUGCAGGAUGCAUUCCAGCUACUACUGCCCAUUCUGCAGGUUUCACAUAUCCAGGCCAGUUGCUCGAAAGCACAGCCGUGACCUUGCCAGACUCCAUCUAGUUAAAGGAAAUGGCAGGCCAUGCUGCUUCACUGUAUACCAGUUGAGGGGAUGUUUUCUACGCAUCUGGCCACAGACCCCAUUUGAGGACACUACAAGCAAUUUUGCACAGACAGUAUUGAAAAUGCAAAUUUAAAGAGAGUUAUCAUUUCUCUUAAUGUAUAUGGUUGUUUUUACAAAUAAUUGUGUUUUCUUUAUGUUAAUUUAAACUUGC